CCCCACCUUGGGACAGACCCGGAAGCGGCGGCGGUACUCUUGGGGGAAGAUGGCGCCUUCGGGGCUGAAGGCUGUGGUAGGGGAAAAAAUUCUGAGCGGAGUCAUUCGGAGUGUUAAAAAGGAUGGCGAGUGGAAGGUGCUUAUCAUGGACCACCCAAGCAUGCGGAUCCUGUCAUCCUGUUGUAAAAUGUCAGACAUCCUUGCAGAGGGCAUCACCAUUGUGGAAGAUAUCAACAAACGUCGAGAACCCAUUCCCAGCUUGGAGGCCAUUUAUUUGCUAAGCCCUACAGAGAAGUCGGUUCAGGCCCUGAUUGCAGAUUUCCGAGGGACCCCGACCUUCACCUACAAAGCAGCCCAUGUCUUCUUCACUGACACCUGCCCUGAGCCCUUGUUCAGUGAGCUGGGCCGUUCUCGCCUGGCGAAGGUGGUAAAGACACUGAAAGAGAUCCACCUUGCUUUCCUCCCCUACGAAGCCCAGGUAUUCUCUCUGGAUGCCCCACACAGCACUUACAACCUUUACUGCCCCUUUCGGGCAGGGGAGCGGGCACGGCAGCUUGAUGCAUUGGCCCAGCAGAUAGCCACACUGUGUGCCACCCUCCAGGAGUACCCUUCCAUCCGCUAUCGCAAGGGUCCGGAGGACACAGCCCAGCUGGCCCAUGCUGUCCUGGCCAAGCUGAACGCAUUUAAGGCAGACACUCCCAGUCUGGGCGAGGGACCCGAGAAAAUGCGCUCACAGCUACUCAUAAUGGACCGAGCGGCAGACCCCGUGUCCCCACUCUUGCAUGAACUCACGUUUCAAGCCAUGGCCUAUGACCUGCUGGACAUUGAACAGGACACAUAUAGAUAUGAGACCACAGGACUAAGUGAGUCCCGGGAGAAGGCUGUGCUUCUGGAUGAAGAUGAUGACCUAUGGGUGGAGCUUCGACACAUGCACAUAGCAGAUGUCUCUAAGAAGGUUACAGAGCUCCUGAAGACGUUCUGUGAGAGCAAGCGAUUGACCACUGACAAGGCCAACAUCAAAGACCUGUCCCACAUUCUGAAAAAGAUGCCUCAGUAUCAGAAGGAGCUGAACAAGUAUUCUACGCACCUGCAUUUAGCUGAUGACUGCAUGAAGCGCUUCAAGGGCUCUGUGGAGAAGCUGUGCAGUGUGGAGCAGGACCUGGCCAUGGGCUCUGACGCAGAGGGAGAGAAGAUCAAGGAUGCCAUGAAGUUGAUCGUCCCAGUUCUGCUGGAUGCAGCAGUGCCACCCUACGACAAGAUCCGCGUCCUGUUGCUCUACAUUCUUUUGCGGAAUGGUGUGAGUGAGGAAAACCUGGCCAAGUUGAUCCAGCAUGCCAAUGUGCAGGCCUACAGCAGCCUCAUCCGGAACCUGGAGCAGCUGGGGGGCAUCGUCACCAACUCCUUGGGCUCUGGGACCUCCAACCGGCUGGAGCGGAGGGAACGCACAGAGCCCACCUACCAGCUGUCUCGCUGGUCCCCAGUCAUCAAGGACGUGAUGGAGGACGUGGUGGAGGACCGGCUGGACCGAAAGCUGUGGCCUUUUGUGUCAGACCCUGCCCCUACGCCUAGUUCCCAGGCUGCAGUCAGUGCACGAUUUGGCCACUGGCAUAAGAACAAAGCUGGCGUCGAGGUUCGGGCUGGGCCCAGGCUCAUCGUGUAUAUAGUGGGUGGUGUGGCCAUGUCUGAGAUGAGGGCUGCCUAUGAGGUGACCAGGGCCACCGAUGGCAAAUGGGAGGUGCUCAUAGGUUCUUCACAUAUCCUUACCCCAACCCGCUUCCUUGAUGACCUCAAGACCCUGGAUCAGAAACUGGAGGACAUUGCUCUGCCCUGACCCUGCCUACUGCCUCUGCCUCCUGUUCCAGAGAAAUAAACUCUUCCCUCUGUCUUUCCA